UACAAACAAAAGAUUUUUAUGAUGAAAUAAUAGGUGGAAUUCGUGGGUUCAGACAUUCAGAUUAUGAUAGGAUCAGAUGGUCAAAUUAUUCAUAUUUGUAUACUGAGCCUUACGAGCCAAUUGUUCAUGGAACUUUUGACAAUCAACUUGAACUUUUGUAUAUGCCUGAAAUGGUUGCAAUAGAAAUUAUAAAAGAUUUUUUUGCUGAAAUAAUGGCUAGAGAUCAAAAGAAAACUGACUAUAUCGAAAGAAUUCAAAACAAUGAAAAAUUUACUCCAACUGUUGCUCCAGUAAUAAAUAUUGACAGAUUUAAAGCAGAAGAUAAAUUUAUUAUGUUUAAGUCAAUUUAUGAUUCCAUCAAAACACAAAAGUUUGUGACUAAAAAUCUUAAGAUUAAAGCAAUCAAUAGUAUGAUCAAACAAGCAAUUUCAGAAACAAUGUUCUCGGAAAUAUCAAAAUUGAGAAAGAUUUUUGAUUUUACUGUGAUUGUUAUAGAAAAUAAAAAUAUUAGUUUAGAAAAUUUUCUUGUAGAAAUACGAGAUUUAAACAUUAUUUUAAAUUAUCUUCAGGAGAUUAAUAGAGAUGACUUUUUGACUUUACUUACCGCUAUCGUGGAAAAAAAAUGA